CGCUGUCCUCGUCAGUGGAACCAGCUGCUCCCGGAGGAGCCCGGGCCGCGCAGGUACUAAAGUCAAAACAUGAACAAUGACAUAUAUUACCAAUGUUCAAAGCUGAUUUGGCUAGAACUGGAAUAUAGUUGCCUACUACAUAUUCCAAAGGAUUUAACAAAGUCAAAGUAAUGGAUAACAAAAAAGAUCCUCCAUUCUUCAAUGAAGAUAAUGUGGGACCACUUUACUACAAACUUCUUUUUUAUACCAUGGAGCUCUUCAUUGAAACAUUGACUGGGACAUGUUUUGAACUGAGAGUUUCACCAUUGGAAGCUGUUAUUUCUGUGAAAGCAAAAAUUCAAAGAUUGGAAGGUAUUCCCAUCUGUCAGCAGCACUUAAUUUGGAAUAACGUGGAACUUGAAGAUGAUUAUUGCUUGAAUGAUUACAACAUUUCAGAAGGCUGUACCUUGAAGCUGGUACUGGCUAUGCGUGGUGGACCUAUAAAUACUAGAAGAGUUCCUAUGGAAGACCCAUUUAGGGAGAUGGCUGAGUACAUGGAUUCCAGUCAAGACGAGGUCUGGGAGAAGACCUCCUACAACAAACAAGUUACAUUUUUGGUAUACCGAGAAGGAGAGCAGUUGAAUUUCUUUCGUGUAGUAGAUAGGGGAGAUGGCACUUUAACACCAUUAUCUGAAUCUUUAAGUGGUGGGUCAGUGUAUAAUUUGUACACUGAUGAGGAUGAAGAGAUUGAGCCUUCUCCUUCUGGGCAACAGAUCAUUGAAAAUUCAAUCACUAUGAAUAAGAUGAAGCUGCUGAAGGCUAAGAUGGAGAACAUGAAUCUCAGCAAAAAGCCUAAGAAAGCUGUCAAGGUAAAACCUCGCCCACCUGUAGCUCCUCGAUCUUCUAGCAGUUCCACGGCAGCUACUCGGCACAGAUUGCUACGAGUUCUCCCCCACAUCGGGCAGUCUUGUUCACCAUCUCCUGGGAAUGCCUGUCUGCCUGAAACAUCCAGCAAUGCAAUUGCAAGUUUGACAGCCCUGCCCGUUGCUGAUAGGCCCAUAUCAUCUAUAGCUGGUGAUUUCCUCAAGGAAGAUACUAACUGGGAGAGUAACACACUCCCUCAUUCCAGUGGCAGCACCAAACUGUCACCUCAAAUACCCCAUGUGGAGUUGGAAAAUGACAAAGAGUUUGCCGAUUCUAUGCUCCAUCUUGGACCAUCCCUGCCUAGGCGGACAAAGCACUUUUCAGGAAAUUUGUCACCUAAUAAUGAGGAUGACACUGUUUUAUUUCCGGCUCCUGAAGAGUGUGUAACUGAAAAAUCCCUUCUACCUGAAGUGGGUUCGUUUCCUUUGUUUUCAGAAGGAAAUAUUGAUGAGCAGAGCAGCGGCUUAGAAGGCACACGGAAGGUAAAUCCUGACAAAGGGUUGAAAGCUACAGAGCAGCAUCUUAAACAUGUUGCGAGAAUGUUGAGUGGUGAAUCAGUAGAGACUACAGUUCUCAACAACCGUGAAUUAAGUCCUCACAAGAACAGACUCUUGUCACCUCUUCACUGUUCUACACCAAUGUCACUCCAUCAUUCUCUGGUGAAGCCACAGAGACAGUCGAAAUGUUUUGAGUCUCGGACUCUCCAGUCUUCUGCUUCACAAAAUGUGCUCCGGUCAUUGGAUGUUCGAAAUAUGGCUGACUCUUCUUUCUCUAGGACUACUCGCUUUCGAGCUGUUAAAGUUGAUUCACCUGGGAAAAGAUCUGAUAUUAUUUCUAAAGUUGAGGCUCGGGAUAUCACAGAAAUGGCUAACAAGGCUUCCAAAGAGCCUGUCGGUUGUGUAAAUAAUAUAGGUUUUCUUGCUUCGCUGGCCCGGAGCGCAAGCAGAGACGGGUUACAGAGCUCGCGUGGGGUAGGUAGGCUUCGGACCUCUGGAAUUGGGCUGUCUACAAACCUCCAGCAUUUUCAGGAAGAAUGCGUUAGGAAAAGCUCUCCCCAGUUAGAAUCUACAGAUUUUUAUCUAUCUGCCCGUGGUAUUGGAAUGAAUGGAAAUAAUGCAGCAGCAGGUAAAAGAGUAGGAGAAUGUACUCAUCUCCUCCCACCUGUGCAAGCCCCUAUUCAAACAAAGAAGAAAACAGCAAAGCAUUGUUUUCUUUGUGGGAAGAAAACUGGACUGGCUACUAGCUACGAAUGCAGAUGUGGAAACAACUUCUGUGCAUCUCAUCGCUAUGCAGAAACUCAUGGCUGCACCUAUGAUUACAAGAGUGCAGGGAGGAGAUACUUACAGGAGGCAAAUCCUGUGGUUAAUGCACCAAAACUUCCAAAAAUCUAACUCUUGCUCUGCACCUAACUCUUCUGCCUGAGAAGUCGUAUUACAGUGACAGCCAGAAGAAAUAUUGUUAGACUGCAUUAAUUUUGUUCUAUACCAAAAGAUUUACCAAAUAACAAAAGCAUACAAUGCACACUGUUGGAGAAUGAGAAUGCUACUGUAUUUGACAUCUCUAUUUUUUGGUGAAUCAAAAGUUUUAAAAGUAGUUUUAAAAACUUUAAACUAAAUGAGUUAGCUUUGUUGUUGCAUGUCUUAUGUUAAGUACCUAUAUAUUUGAUAUUGCAAUUUUACUAGACAAGUCUUCAAAAGACGCACUUUAAGAAGUGUCCAUUGACUGCAUAACUGUCUUCCACAUUGUACAGAAAUGACCUGUCGUGUAAUGGCACUAUUCAAACCGACCACU